AAAAAAAGGAAUUUGUGAAGUAAAGUAAAAAAGAAAAAUUAAAAUCAAUGGCGCAAAAAAAAAAAAAAAAUGAAAUAAAGAAUUCUGAGAAGCAGAACCACAAAAUAACAAAAAUAGAAAGGGGGAGAGUGGGUUUUAAUUUUGUCGCCGGGAGGGUGGGUUGUUCUUUUAGCAUAAACUACUCUGCUGUACGUUGCGUCUGGAAUCUCUCUCUCUCUCUCUCUCUCUUUUAUCUUUCUUCAGCUGGAAAAAGAAAGAAGAGGAAGGGAGGGAAAUACAUACACCUGCACUCUUUGUUUUGAGGUUUUUGUUGUUCAAUUCUAGAUCUGGAUAAAUGACAAAUGUAUCAACCAAAGAGUGUUCCUAGUUCAAACAUUGCCCACAACAACUCAUUAGUGCAUGGUCAACAUUUAGAGUCUGGUGCAAACACAAUGGACUCCAUUAAUGGAGGGGGUAAUCUCAACAAUUCCAGUCUUGCCUCGAAACAAAGGUUACGUUGGACGCAUGAUCUUCAUGAGCGGUUCGUUGAUGCCGUUGCACAACUUGGUGGGCCAGACCGUGCCACACCCAAAGGUGUCCUCAGAGUGAUGGGUGUACAAGGUUUGACAAUUUAUCAUGUUAAAAGCCAUUUACAGAAAUAUCGACUUGCAAAAUACCUACCUGACUCCACUUCCGAUGGAAAAAAAGCUGACAAGAAAGAGACUGGGGAUGUGCUUUCCAAUUUGGAUGGUUCAUCUGGCAUGCAAAUUACUGAAGCACUCAAGCUACAGAUGGAAGUGCAGAAGAGGCUUCAUGAACAAUUAGAGGUACAGAGACAGCUACAGUUACGGAUAGAAGCCCAGGGCAAGUACUUGAAGAAGAUUAUUGAAGAGCAGCAACGGCUUAGUGGGGUUCUUUCAGAAACACCUGGUUCUGGGCUAUCAGCCCUGGUGUCAGGUGACAAUCACCCAGAAUCUGACAAGACCGACCCUGCAACCCCUGCCCCAACCUCUGAGUCUCCCCUUCAAGAUAAGACUGCCAAAGAACGUGUGCCAGAUAAGAGCCUUUCUAUUGAUGAAUCUUUCUCAUCUCACCACGAACCAUUAACCCCAGAUUCCAGUUGCCAUGCUGGUUCACCUGCUGAGAGUCCUAAAGGCGAGAGGUCAACAAAGAAGCAACGUGUGAACAUGAGUGGAGGAUAUUCUAAUCCAGAAAUAGUGCUGACCCACCAGAUACUAGAAUCAAGUUUAAACACUUCUUUCCAGCAACCACACCCUGUUUUCCUUACUAGAGAGCAGUUUGAACCGUCCACAGGGAUUACAGUUGGGAAUGAAGAUCAUCUGGAAAAGGUGACAGGCAGCAAUCUGUAAUUUAGUGUAAUAAGCGAUCUGUACUUUUAGGACUUUUGAAUCUGACUUGUACGAGUAUUUGGAGGUAUAUCUCUAAUCAGGUUUUAGAAUGUUGUUAGUCAUAUAGAUGUUUUCAGAUAAUUAGGUGGCAGCCCAAAUUACACGCAUAAAAAAGAACCCAGGGCUAAUCCACUCGGCUAAGUUACAUCGAGUGAAUUAUAACUGAUCUUGGGGUUGGGUUUUA